GCCAGAUCGUCCUCUCAGCAUAUGAUGCAAGGCGCUCUUUAAAAUGGAUUUCGGCUCUCCUUUGACUCUGCAGUGCUUGCUGGUGAUAAUAACUGUUACUCAUGGCUCUGCCACCCAGAUCAGUGUGCUCAGCGGCGGCUCAGCAGUCUUUUCUGUGGGAAACCAAAGCCUGCAGACCCUCUCCAGAAUGAGCAAGGGGGACGGGGUGUGCUCGACAACUGUCUUAAAUGAUGCUUUGUUGGCCAAGUGCGGCAAUUCUGCCAGUAGGUGCCUGAACUGGCUGAAUGGCUCCCUAGAGCUGAAGAGUGUGGAGAAAGAGGACGAAGGAAAAUACGAAUUUGUUUUUCCCAACACCACCAGUUAUUUUGCAUUGGAAGUAUUUGAGCCGACCAUUGGGAUCCAGUGCUUCCCUAAUGGGACUGCAGAGCUGUCCUGCAACGCGACCAGCACCGAGAGCAUGACCUUCCGGUGGCAGCUGAGCGGCAAAGAGCUGAGUGCCCCCGGGGCUUGUGUUACGGACGGUGGGAGGAAGGUCCGCCUGGACAAAACCGUGCCUGGGGAAUUUGUGUGCGUGGUGUCCCACGGGAGCAGCGUCACAAGGACCAGGCCUGUUGCUCUGUCUUGUAGCUACGGAGACCUGCUGCAGUACCCAUGGUUCAUUUACAUCCUGGCAGGGUGUGCAGUGGGUGUGCUUAUCCUGCUGGUGGUUGUGCCCUCAGUCAUAUGUUGCUGCGUGAAGAGGAAACACAAGUUCAUCCCCGUGCCCUCAGAGGAGGAGAAGGAUGAUGGACUAACCAUGUCAGUGGUGUCCAGUGAAGGUGUGAAGAGCCCCCCCAAUGGAGACCACGUCGAGGCUCAAGCUGCCCAAGCUGACCGCCCUCCAAAGCCUGAUGCUGCCCAGACUGGUCAAGGCGUUGAGCCCCAGCCACUGGCAGAAGAAAACUUAGCAGUGCAGAUAGAAGCUGAGGAACUGCCAGACCCUGAGGUCAUAGUUGAUGCGGAAAGCCAGGAAGAUGCCUCAGACUGUUUCCCGGAUCCAACUGAUGACUGACCUGACAUGCUUGCUGUUCCACCCUGAAGCCUGUGACACUUGUCCUUUGCAUCCCAUAGUCUCAUUUGUGUGUAAGAAUCGGUCUGGCAAAUUUCAGCAGGGAAAAGACACGAGGUGUCAGACCUUCUAACCUCAUUUAAAAAGAAAAAAAGAAAAUAUAAGGAAAAGCACACCCGUGGCUUCAAGGCCGCACUGCCACGAGCUGACAGGUUCACUAACAAACAAAACUGGGCAGCUCCUUGAUGCUUUGCCUGAUAACAGAGCUGCAGCUAAACUGUGGAGCCCCAGGUGACAGCCUGAAACAAGCUGGGCAGUUCCUCCUGCUCCCUGCCCACCCAAUGUCUUUGCCAUGUCUUUGCCAUCCAAGGACAGGCAUGACAGGGGGAUUGUGGUGGCCUGCCAGUCCCAGACAUAAACUAAGGACCUGCCAGAAAUUUCCUGAGAAAGAAAAAAAAAAUCUCCUCUUAGGAGAUUUCAAGGCAUUUUUUCACAGCCCCUGCAGAAGAAGCUCAGUGGAGGUUUCAGCCAGGGAUCUGUGUGCAGGGUGUUUAUCUGAGCUCCACACCCUCUGUGAUCUGGCCCUCACUGCUUGCUGCCUGUGGCCAGGACAGUGGUGGGGGCUGUAGGGUGAUAACUGGCUUUGCUCCCCUUUUGGUGCCCUUUCACCAGGGUCCUGCUUGGAUUACCUGUGAGCUAAACCAGCACCGUCACCAGCUGGCCUCCUGCAGCAGGAGGGUGCCUGGGGCCUGGGUGUACGACUUUGGCAGAAACAUUGAUUACAGUGCUGAGAUUGUUUAUCAGUGCAAGCAUUAGUGCCUUCAGUGUAAUGGUUUAGCUACUGCAAGCUGAAGCUGGCCAUCUGCCUGUGCAUGUAGGCUUGUUUGGUGCUGUGCUGUUUGCACAGACAGCAGCAAUUUAUAGCAUCUCUUAGGCAAGUCUUGCUGCUACGCAUGUCCUGUUCUGCUCAGGGGAGGUUUGCACGUGGAGCAGCUGGGGCAGACCUGCAGGGAAGAAGGAUGAGGUGAGGAGAGGGCAAGGGCUCUGUCCCUGGCAGCAGGUAGCUGAGUCCCUGGCACAGCUGCCCUGGGGCUGCAG